AUAACUUUGUAGAAAAAAAGACUACAUAUUAUAUCACUUCCAUUGUGUACAUCUAUUCACUUUCCAACAAUUCUCGAGACCUGGCUUUGUAGUUGCAGGACUCACUCAUGGCACUCAAGGACGAGGCACGCGAGGUGAUAUUUGAAGAGAUUGGGGGAGCACGAAAAGUGAUACUAAACAGAUCAAAGAAGCUAAAUACCCUCAACUAUGAGAUGUUGAGAAAAAUGUACGAGAAGUUAAAAGCUUAUGAGAACGAUCCAAUCGUUAAACUUGUUAUACUAAAGGCAAAUGGAAAAGUAUUUUGUGCUGGUGGUGAUCUCACAUCUGCUUAUACAUUUGUAGCUCUUGGACAUUGGAGUUUCGGGGCUAGCUACUACAGGAAAGAGUUUUGUUUGAACUACUUACUUGCAACAUAUAAGAAGCCAUCACUUGCCAUUCUUGAUGGGCAUGUUAUGGGAGGAGGUGUUGGAAUAUCGAUACAUUCAACAUUUAGAAUUGUUACCGAGAAUACGGUUUUUGCGAUGCCUGAAGUGUUAAUCGGACUCUUUCCUGAUGUUGGUGCAUCUUAUUUCUUGUCACGACUUCCAGGGUUCUUUGGAGAAUAUGUAGGAUUAACGGGUGCUCGGUUAAAUGGAGUCGACAUGCUUGCAUUUGGUCUUGGAACUCAUUUUAUCCCAUCCAAGAGCAUAAUAUCCAUGGAGAAUUCUCUGGAAAAGAUGAUUGCUUCAUCGGAUUCACCAAGUGUAGCUACAAUGUCCAUGAUUAUUAACGAGUUUGCACAAGAAGUAAACGUCAAGCGAGAUAGUGCAUACUCUAGGCUCGACAUGGUCAACCAAUGCUUUUGUGGAGAAUCAUGUGAAGAAAUAUUACGCUCAUUGGAAUGCUUGGCUCUACAAACUCAAGAUAAAUGGGUCCAUGAGGCUAUAACAUCAAUGAAAUCCGCUAAUCCAAUUGGUCUCAAGAUAUUCUUGAAAACCAUUAGAGAAGGCCGGUCUAAGAAUAUCAAGCAAUGUCUCGAGACUGAAUACGUUGGUAUCUCUCAUCUUCUAGGCAGAACGAUUAGCAAUAACUUCUACGAGGGAUCUAGAGCUAUGUUGAUUGAUAAAGAUAAGAAACCACAGUGGUUACCAUCGAAACUAGAGGACGUUAGUGAUGAAAUGGUGGCCAAGUGUCUAUCAAGAUCUUUCAGCGAUGACGAUGAUUGGUUGCCUUUGCAACUCCCCUCAAGAUCUAGUAGAACCGAGGUUCUUACAUCAAAACUUUAGAGUUUAAUAUGUUAUGCAGGUAAAAGUUGAAAAUGAAUCUAUCUCGUCAAUGAUAAUAGUUCUACAAAUGUGGUGAUUUUAAGUUAUUGGAAGUGUUAUCAAAGUGAAUGAGAAUGACUAAACUUGAUACUUAUUAUUAUUGAAUGUAUUCAACUUUCAAAAUUA